CUCAUUGACAAUAUUAUUUUAAAAAUGGAGGAAGCCAAAGAAACAAAAUUGGGGGAGAACGUUAUUUGAGUCUCAGGAAUUUAUGAAGAACUCCAAGAAGAAGAUUUGUUAGAUAUUUUCACUGAAUUUGGCCCAAUAAAAACCCUACAUUUCAAUAUUGAUAAAAGAACUGGAUAUGCCAAGGGAUACGCUUUUAUCGAGUAUGAAAAGCAAAACGCACAGAAAGCUAUAGAUAGAAUGAAUGGAGAGGAAAUCGCUGGGCAGAAAAUCAAGGUUGACUGGGCCUUUAAGAAAGAUAAGAAGAAGAAACACCGCAGGAGAAGAAGCAGAAGUAGGAGUAGAAGUUAAUU